AUGGACAGAGAUCAGGGACCAUCAAUCACAAUACGAGAACAGGAGGAAGAUCGUGUGGAUUUUGUUUUGGGAAAUGUCGAUCUAUCCGUGGCAAACGCCCUCAGAAGAACCAUGCUCGCUGAAGUACCCACAUUAGCCAUCGACUUGGUAGAAAUUGACGUUAAUACCUCGGUCCUUGCUGAUGAGUUUUUAGCUCAUAGAUUAGGUCUCAUACCUCUCAACAGUGAGAAUAUAGAAACUUUAAAGUACUCAAGAGAUUGUACUUGUGACAACUAUUGUCCCAAAUGUUCAGUGACAUUAGAAUUGACGGCUAAAUGUGAUACAGACUCAACAAUGAACGUUUAUGCCAGUGAUCUUUUUAAAUUAGCCAACGGUCUGAGUCUAGGCAAUCCUGUGGUGAGAGAUCAAGCGGAUAGGGGUUCCAUAAUUUGCAAGUUGAGAAAACAUCAAGAAUUGCGUCUAACUUGUAUUGCUAAGAAGGGAAUAGCUAAAGAACACGCCAAAUGGUCACCUUGUGCUGCUAUAGGGUUUGAAUAUGACCCAUGGAAUAAACUAAAGCAUACUGAUUACUGGUACGAAGUUGAUGCUAGUGAAGAGUGGCCGAAGUCUAAAAAUUGUGAUUGGGAAGAACAACCUGAUCCUGAGGAAAAGUUUGAUUACAAAGCAAAACCAAAUGAUUUUUAUUUUGAUGUGGAAACAGUGGGAAAUUUACCUCCAAACGACGUUGUACUUCAAAGUGUCAAUACAUUGCAAACGAAACUAGCAUCGAUUGUAAUAGAGUUGGAUAAGGAGAGAGUAGAGGGAAGUAAUGUUCAAGACGGUGCAUUUACCAGUUACGGUAGAACUGAUUAUGGUCAUGGUGGAGAAACCCCAAUGAUUGGUGCCACUACACCAUAUGGAGGAGACAAUUCUUUUGGGGCUUCUGGUGGCUAUGGUGGCGGUUCAUGGAAUUGA